GAGCAGUUGUGGCCCCUCGGCGGCUCUGUAUGCCGGCGGGCUAGGUUUAAAAACCCCCUUGUUUCUUCGAGAGAUUCUCGGCGGAUGGAACUGCUCACUGCGACGUCGCUUUCGUGAGAGAGCUAGCCUGUCGCAGUCUCUUCUUGGCCGUCAACUGAUCGCCUCCUCCAUGACCCGCUUGUUUCUUUCACGUCCUUCUCGCACACUCGCACCGGAAAAGCAUCGAGCGUCGGUCUGAAUUCCCCACGCAUCAUUGCCAAGCCGACCAGUCUUGUCCUGAGGAACCUCCGCUCAGUUGAGUAGGGGCGGUCAACGAUGGCAUCUUGUCCGGUGUCCGUGAUCCUCGUCUGUGCCUGCGCGGCGUUGGCGGGCGAAUUUGCGGCGGGGCGGCAGAUCGAGGUGACGCCUGACGAUGAAAGAGCACCACUGCACGACAUUCUGUUCCGUCAUCAUUCCGCGCCAGCGCCCCGAUUUCAUGUUCCGAAUGAGAGCGUUGGCGUUGACGAUCUCUGCUUCCACAACAGCGAGUGCGAAUCGGGUCUCUGCUGCCGCGUGGAUGGCGUCUACGCGACAGCCUGCAUGCCCAUGUCCAAGAUCGGGGAAUCGUGCGAGCCGGAAAAUCCGAAGAGUGCACAUUACAAGGAUUACUGCCCCUGCCUAGAAGGAUAUUGCGUGGAGAUGGAUAUAUUUUCCAUAAUGCCCGGCUUGAGAUGCGUACAACGAAGCCAAACUCAAGGCCCCGUCACGUCAGGAACCCGGCAGAGGCCACAGUCUUCCGUGCCCUAGUGGAACAUAGCCGCUGGAAGCGUCCGAUUAUUCAAUUAGAUUUAUUUACUGUAUUCAAUUAGAUUUAUUUUGGCAUUUUUGUACCAAACGCUCCAGCGUACAAUAAGAAUAUCUCUCAUAUGCCAGCUUGAUGUCGUCCCGAGGCACUCACCAACAAUUGCUUACGAACAGUGCUUAGGUAAGGACAUGUUUUUUUUUAGUGUUUCUUCUUUCACUGUGAAGUAAUACACUGGGAACAUAUACUCUAAAGAGACAUUAAAUACGAAAAUAAGUUGAGCUGUUUAGUAAGUUACGCUUCAACAACGUCGCAGAAGCGACUGUCGGUUAGAGAAGAGUCUUGUUCAGCCAGAAAGAACGCAAAUCGCGGAAUAGGAGUGGCGACGCCCCACGCAAGUUCGCGAAGCAGUUCGUCGUGACGUCAUGAGUUGUGAUGACAUUUGCUCGGGCUCCAUUCUCUUAAAAUUGGUAAAACGUAGAACAGGCCGUGUUCUAAGGAAUCUACACACUGACAUGAGAAACAUUUAAACAUAAGUUUAAUGGCGCCGGCAACGGGCCAGACGCGCGCCCAAAUACAUAAAGUUUGUGACGUGGCAGUGACCUACUGCGACAAGGGAGAGAAGAGAACCUUACCUUACUUACUUGUGUUUCUUUUUUUGAAAAGCUCCAUAACGAGGCCCGAGAGUAACUGCCUCAAGGUGUUCGGUAUGAGGCAAAAAAAACGCGUCAUGUUAUCAGACUGAAGAUCAAUUACCACGACAAGCUGGGCGAGUUGGUGAUUGAACAUGUCCCUAAGGGUGGGCAGCGCAACCCGGUAGAAAGGCAAAAGGAAGUGCACAAUACGAGCGCAGUUGCUUAUGCAAACCUUUGUUUGAACAAAUCGAUAUAUUUUAUAAAAUAUCAAUCAAAUCAACCGCGAGAUUGUGGAAGCCUACUUUAUGCAUGUAAACUCAGGGGCAUGCAUUAGCCAGACUUCUAUCCCUCUGGAGAAUAAGGAAACUGAGUUUUUGAAUGGCAAGAUAGGCUAACACCCUUUCACCCUUUUAAUCGUCACUUUAGAUGAGCUUACUUGUUCUGCAUAUUUAAGUCACUUGUUUGAACAAAUAAACGAGUUGUUAGUCUGCGCUCGUAUCGUGUACUUCCUUUUGUCUUUCGUCCGGGUUGCGCUGCCCACCCCUAGGAACAUGUCCAAAGAUCAGGUACGUGUAGAUGCGCAUCCAGAGGCGAUCUAAUCAGUGAAAUCCUAGCGAAAUUUAGGGAAAUCUCUGUGUUGUGCUUACGGAAGCAGCAAUUGCGCUUUUGUGGCUUCCUUGUGUGACUACGGAUAGAAGAAGCUAUCUUCGGACUUUCCGGACGCCGAGAUGAAGAUAAUAUUCACACAGGUAACGUUCACAAAGACAUUCCUCUGUAAUGAAGAAGCAAAUCCUAAUAGUUUCAAGCUUUAAAAACGUGGUAUAUAGCGCUACGCGCUCCAGCGCUUCCUGGCUCGUUGCAUGAUGACAUGUUCCAUCCUCGGUCAGAAGAACGGAGGACCUACCCAUCAGAUGGGCUGCGAAUAAAAAGCAGACCGCCUCUUCACAUGAAACUAAAUAGAUGUCUUCGGUUCCUGACCUACACUGUCGUGUGAGAAUACACAUGCGCUAUAUGGGACCCAUACCAAUUUUAUCAAAGCUGAUUAAGCGUGACGUCAUGCCAUCCAGUACGAUCUGCACAUUACAUGACCCAUUAAGUCACAGCUCUCUACUCUUCACAUCCCUAGGCUUCUUCCCAGAAUUUGCCUAGGGAUCAUAUACAUGAAUAAUUACUGCAUUGUCAUUGCCAAAGAUGCUGCAAACGAAUUCUUGGACGUUACGUACUGUCAAGACAAGUAAAAUAUGUAUUUUUUCAUAAAGGAAUAUUCUUAUGUCCCAAAAGUUGUGCCAAAAGCAACGGAUAUCAAUGCUUCCACGUUUCUUUUUGUCUAUUUAAUAAGAAAGAAAAUAGCACACGAACUUUAGAACUAUGUCAGUGCGAAAUCAGCAAAGCAAUGCAUACCGCGGAUGUGAUUAAUGUAAAGGCCGUGAAAGGAACAAGUUGAGGACAAAUAUCCUAAUGAAACUUUGUAAGUCAAGAACCUUGUUUACAUGUUUGUGCAUAUGCAACGACCAGGGAAAAACCCAGUGACGCUAUACUUCGUUGCAAUGUACUGCGCAAAAGCAGCUGUCACCGGUCGUGUAUUAUAAUUGCACCGAAAUUGUAGUCGCAGCAGAGAUCCCAUAUCAAAAGCAGCAGUGAUGCAAAAUAUACAUUAGAAAUGCGAAGUACAAUGGUAUACACAAAUGCGAAGAUGAAGCUUGAUAAGAAGCAAAAAAGUGUCUCUGCAAACAAAGUUCACUGCAUGUAUCCACAAAACCUCGCAACAAGAUUUUUAAACACACGUAUAAGUAUCCAAUAAAUCUACCUAUCUAAGCAAAAGACAUUGUAUACCGGCCGCUUUAGCUAACUUUAGCCAGUGGAAAAAAUAUGCCGAUGCAUUCUAAGGCGACGCGACCAAGUGCAUGCUGCUCAAUUUUGUGUUCAGCGUGUCACGCUGUUUUUUGUAUUUUGCUUAAUUAGAUUUUUAGUCAAGAUUAAUAAACCAAAUUCUGAUGUGACGAAGCUAGGAAAAAAAUAUAAUUUUAAAAUUGCAGAGCGGUUUGCAAAACGUCCGAAUAAACAGUUUCUGUCUUUCCAUA